GAAGACGAAUACGACGUAAGAAAAAAGGGAAACCGGUGACAAGGCGUGGUGUCGCGCAUGCAAGAUAUACACGUCCUCAAAACCCAGAAGGUUAAGGUUUUGGGAUCACAUUGUCUCAUUCAUGUAUUCGUUGGGUAGCUCAAGAUGCAGCGCUCUCGAGCUUUUACUAAGCGGAAGAGAGAAAAAACGUACUUUCUACCAGACGAAUGACGAACGUUAUUUGAAAAGAUAGGGAGAAAAUUUGACUUUUUUCUCUGCGAAAUUGGAAGAAUUGCACAAGUAAAAUGGCACUUCUCCGCAAAUUAUUCUAUCGCAAGCCACCGGAUGGACUUCUAGAGAUUUCUGAGAGAAUCUAUGUUUUUGAAUGUUGUUUUACUAUGGACUGUUGGAACGAGAAGAACUAUAAAAGUUACUUAGCAGGCAUAGUCAGUCAAUUACAGCAGCAAUUUCUUGAUGCUGCGCUGUUAGUUUUCAAUUUCCAGAAGUCGGAGGUGGAGAAUGCGAUUUCAAAGAUUAUGUCAGAGUGUGGUAUGACCAUAAUGGACUACCCUAGGCAUUAUGAGGGUUGUCCUAUCCUUCCAGUGGAGUUAAUUCAUCACUGUUUGCGUUCAACUGAAAGUUGGCUUGCAUUGGGGCCACAAAACAUUCUACUGUUGCAUUGUGAAAGAGGUGGAUGGCCAGUUUUGGCUUUUAUGCUUGCUGCACUUCUGGUUUAUAGGAAACAGUACACUGGGGAGCAGAGAACCCUGGAUAUGGUUUACAAGCAAGCUCCCCGUGAACUUUUGCCAAUGUUAUCUCCCCUAAAUCCCAUUCCAUCGCAAAUCCGGUACCUUCAAUAUGUGUCAAGGAGAAAUGUUGCUUCACAGUGGCCUCCCUUGGAUAGGGCAUUGACUUUGGAUUGUAUAAUGUUCAGACAUAUUCCUGAUUUCAAUGGAGAGGGUGGCUGUCGUCCUUCAUUUCGUAUUUACGGACAGGAUCCUCUUAGUGAUGAAGAUAAAACACCAAAAUUAUUGUUUUCAACUCAAAAAAAGAACAAAGCUAUACACUUGUAUAAGCAGGCAGAGGCGGAGCUUGUUAAAAUUGAUAUCAAUUGCAAUAUCAAAGGGGAUAUUGUGAUUGAGUGCACAAGCCUUCACAAGGAUUUGGAGCAUGAAGACAUGAUGUUUCGUAUUGUGUUCAACUUAGCUUUUAUAAGGUCAAACAUUAUAAUGCUUAAUCGAGAAGAAAUUGAUACACAAUGGGACACUAAGGAUCACUUCCCAAAGGACUUUAGAGUAGAGGUUCUGUUUUCGGACAUGGAGGCUGCUACAUCUACUGUUACUGCCAAAUCGUUGUGCUUUGAGGAAAAAGAGGGUCUGCCAGUGGAAGCCUUUGCGAAAAUUCAGGAGUUUUUCAGUCAUGUUGAUUGGUUAGAAUCAAAAACAGAUGCUUCUCAAAGUAUGAUAAUAGAAGUUCCGGUCUCCCACAAUUCCCCCGAACACUUUGAAUUUGCGACUUUGCAAGUACUACCUCAUGAUGAGUGUACUGACCCAGUGCGAAGAUCAACGCUGCAGGAGUUAAAUGAAGAGCUGAAGUCUACCAUAUUUUGUAAUCCAAAGGAGUCAGAGAAUGAAGGCUCACUUCAUAAACUUAUGUUAAAGGAUUGCAAGUUAAGUGCACAGAUGGAUAAGCCUCAGAACUUCAAUGUUCGGAUGGACCAAUAUCACCCGGAGGCAACGGCUCAUAAAGAUUUUGGAUCUUUUACUACUUCAUGUGUUUCCCAGAAUCAGUAUAUAGAGAGUGGUGGUGAUGUAAAUGGUGGUAAAACAACAUCAGGGCUUUUAGAGUCGACCCCUUUUUUGGCACCAUUACCCUCUAUGCCUUCUCAACAAUUGCGUCUACAAACUCAACCAGUUGGGUUACAAGAAGAUUUGGCUUAUAAACAUACUCAUUUCGGCCUUGAAGACUAUUCACCAUCAGCAUUUUCUCAGUCAUCUCCAACUGCUGCAGCAAAGGACAUCUCAAUUUUAAGUGGCAGACUUUUGCCACCAUUAGCGACUGUUAAAAAGGCAGAUGUUGAUCCUAUCCUUAAGGGUUCAAAAGUGAUUUCCAGUUAUCAAUUGGUAAACUCAACUUAUUCUGUAAAAACACCUUCAAGAAAGGAUCAUCGUUUUGAAACAUUAACUUCAGCAUUUCCCUCACCUCCAAGACCAAGUUCCAUUCCAGUAACACAAGAAUCCACUCUUGGAUCUCCAGCUAGAGCAGAAUGCUCUCUUCCUUGUGUACAGCUACCUUCUCUGGCAAAUGAAAAGCAAGCUACUGGUAGAAGAUUUUGCUCAUCAUCUCUCUCAAAUGUACCUACUCAAACUUUAGAAAAUAAGGUAGAAGAAACUGAAGCGGUGCCAUCCCAGCCUCAUUUUGAACCACCAUGCAAAAAUAGUGCCGUCAUGUCUGAACCUUGCCCCCCUGCACUUUCUCCUAUGUCUCCUUUAAAGAACUAUAGAAAAGGUGAAACUCCUCCUGCCCCACUUCUGCCCCAGAAGUUGGGGUCUUCAAGGUCAUUUCCAGCACCACCUCCUCCUCCACCUUAUGGCCCUGGACUUGAAUCCUGCCAAACACAAAACUCUUCUUCUGUUCCAUGUGCACCUCCACUUCCAGUUAAUUUUGGUCAAGGACCACCAAAGAUGGGUUCUAGUACAGCUCCUGCACCUCCUCGAAGUUCUCUUAAUUGGAAGGGAAAAUAUUCAUAUUAUGCAGGAUCAAAAAAUUCCCAAACCAGAAAGCUAAAGCCAUUGCAUUGGUUGAAGCUGACGAGAGCAGUGCAAGGGAGUCUGUGGGCUGAUACUCAGAAUUCUGAAGAAAAUGCUAUUGCUCCUCAUUUUGACAUGUCAGAAUUGGAGAGUCUCUUCUCUACUUCAGCUCCAAAUUCAGAUCUGGGAGGUAUUCACAGCAAAGCUGGACGUGGUCUUGGAGCACCCAAAUCAGAUAAAGUGCAACUGAUUGAUCAUCGGAGAGCGUAUAAUUGUGAGAUUAUGCUCUCAAAAGUUAAAGUUCCGUUACAAGAAUUGAUGUGUUCAGUCCUUUCGCUAGAAGAUUCUUCAUUGGAUAUUGAUCAAGUGGAGAAUCUCAUAAAAUUUUGUCCAACCAAAGAAGAGAUGGAAGUGUUGAAGGGAUACAAUGGAACAAUUGAUAAGCUUGGGAAGUCUGAGCAGUUCUUUCUUGAAUUAAUGCGAGUGCCUAGAGCUGAAGCGAAAUUAAGAGUUUUUUCCUUUAAGAUGCAGUUUCGUGUUCAGGUUUCUGAUCUUAGGCAGAGCCUCAACAUUGUGAAUUCUGUAGCGGAUCAGGUCAGAAGCUCAGUGAAACUCAAACGAAUUAUGCAGACAGUUCUUUCUCUGGGUAAUGCUUUAAAUCAGGGUACUGCUAGAGGCUCUGCUGUUGGUUUUCGUCUUGAUAGCUUGUUGAAGCUUACAGAAACUCGUGCACGGAAUAACAAGAUGACGUUAAUGCACUAUCUUUGCAAGGUGAUUUCCGAGAAAGUUCCAGAGCUUUUAAAUUUCUCGAAGGAUCUUGAUAGUAUUGAACUAGCAACAAAGAUCCAACUCAAAUUCGUGGCAGAGGAGAUGCAAGCAAUUAACAAAGGACUAGAAAUGGUAGUGCAAGAACUGUCAAUGUCAGAAAAUGAUGGCCCUGUCUCUGAAAAGUUUCAGAAGAAUCUGAAGCAAUUUCUCUGUUCUGCUGAGGCAGAGGUUCGCUCGCUGGCGUCACUUUAUUCUAGCGUUGGUAGAAAUGUUGAUGCUUUAAUAGUAUACUUUGGGGAAGAUCCAGCUCGUUGCCAAUUUGAGCAAGUUGUCUCAACUCUAGUUAAUUUUACACGAAUGUUCAACCGAGCACAUGAGGAGAACUGCAAGCAACUUGAGCUUGACAAAAAGAAAAAAGAAAAAGAUUCAGGAAAUCAAAAAGGUUAAGAUUUCAGGACAAAUCUGAUAUGAUGAUACUUAGUUGCUCCAAGUGUGGAAAAGGGAAAAUCAGAUGCCUCAACUCAACUCUCAAGUGAAGGAAUCAACUUCAAGGUUGCAAGGAUAGGAUUAUCUAUCUUUCUCGGUGCAGCUUUGACUUAUUUAUAUUUUGUGCUGAUACACUAACACAACCCUUCCAGUAAUUAAGUAGCAUGGUUACGGCCAUGGCCAGGGUGGUGGAUCUUGGCCUCUACACAAAAACUGUUGAAGAUCCGUCAUUGGGCGUAGGUGUUUCUUUCGCCAUAAUGAGAAGCUAAGGCAGAUACCCUUUGUAAUCCUUUUUUUUACUUUGCCAAAUUCUGAUAAUGAGGCUGUGGUAUGCGACAGGGGAAUAUUAUAUGAUGGCAGACAUGUCAACUACUAGUGUAAAUGAGUUUACAAUAAGUUGUAGUUAGCAAACCGUACAUCAUACCAAUGUAAAUGAAAUAACAAUAGGCAUAAGCAUUGUAUAGAAGAAUCAAGGAUGUUUACUUUUUUAUUUUGUUUCUUAUUUUUGAUUUACAUUGGAGAUGUGCUUUCUAGAUAGAUUGGAGGUGUGCUCUAGUUAAGACAGUUGCUGGUUCAAAUAAUCAUGUAAAGCAAAGUUAUAUUGAUGAGAGUAUGUACAUCAUUAUAAUUUCAAUUCUAUUUGUGACUCUGACCCCAAAGAAUUUGUUUGCAAUGAUUUAAAGAAAGUAUUUUAAUAAUGUAAUUUUUUUUCGCCUCUUUUACGGUUCACCUUAAUGUCAAU